AUGUAUCUAGUUGGUACUUUUGCUUUGUCUAUAACGCUCAUAACGGCAGUCCACGGUGCUGCUGAAUUCAAUAGGCAAGCAAUCAAACUUUUAUGCCCACCAAGUUAUGAAAAGCUAACAAAACUUGUUGUUAACGAAGACAGCCCUUUCAGAACGAUAUGUGCAGAUCAGAUCGACCUGCUGCUAAACACAGGGGUUAUCACUCGAACCGAUACGCAAGAGUUUAAAAGUAAAGAUGCGAAGGAUGUAUACGAAGGAAUAUUAGCUACUACUUCAUUUCCUGGCGGCCUGGAAAAAUACAAAAAAAUCACAUUUGCUCCGUCAAUUCGGGACGGAAAUAGUUUAUUUAAAAAACAUUCAAUUGUGCAGAAAAUUGAGGCUGAUAAGGAUCGAAAGAUGUUGGUAUCCAAGCUUCUUGAUUUCCUUUUUCUUGAAAAGAGUCUUAUCUUUUUGCGUGUCGGGAUCGAACUUAAUCAAAAGAAACAAGAAUCUGCUCAAAAACCACCAGAUUCUGCUUCCACUUAUCAUAAAUACGUUGAUUAUGUUCUUAGCAGAAAACGGAGCUUAGUCAAGAAAAUCGAACCCAUCGAUGAUGCCACCAAUGAUGAUGAUAGUGAUGACGAUUUGGCUUUUUAUGAUGCAAAAGAAACCCUAGCUGAAAGUGACGACUAUUACCUGCUUGAACCAAAGGAAUCAGAUUUUGCCUUUUUUUCUGCUUAUGCCAAACUGGGAGAAAAGUUCAAAUUGAGGCCAAUGCAAGUUUCUGACAAAUUACUUUCCCAACAUUUUGAUCCAAUCGCCUUUGAAGAAAAGUUUUGGGAAAAUUUCAAUAUCACGUUGUUAGCAACAAAAUUUUCUGAUCGCUUGAAAAAUCUCAAGGAUGAAAAUGGGUCAAAGGAUACAAAGUUAAAAGACAAGCUAAAGCGCUCGCUCUUUUUAUUUCUAUAUGAACCAGAACAAAUUGAUGGACUAAUCAGUUUCGAAAAGACUGAUAAAGAUAAGCUGCGUGAUACUAUAAUUUUGGCAUGGUACAAGCUGGGAUUUGCCACACUUGGCCCUUCGGCUGGGGUUUUUGAUAGCUUGCUUAAGGCAGCAAAAGAAGUAAAAGAAAAAUUCUUCCCAAAGGUAUUCACCCCAGCAGUUAAUCAAGCGGUUAAAACAGUAAACAAUGCUUAUGAAUCAACAAUGGAAAAGACCGGAAACGUUAUUGAAGCCGGUGCCAAAUUUUACCCUAAAUCGAUUACAGAAAAAGCUAAAGGCGCAUCCGAACAAUUGAUUGUUAGAAUACUUAAAAUUUUCUUGAAGCAAUUCGAGUCUUACAUCGUGCCUUUAUUGAUAUUUUUAAACAUUUAUCUCUACAUCUUCUUUCCAACGUUUUGGAGCCUUUUAAUCGUUGUAAUUUUACCUACAUAUCUCUGUGUGCGCCUGUAUCGCUCUAUAACGGCCUCUAAAGAAUGGAAAAGUGCGAAAAAGUUUUUCAACUACCUUUUUUCAGGCUUCAUCCAUGUUUUUUAA